AUGAUCAUUCGUCCUCUCGCGUUUGUCCUCCUCUUGCUACGCGCCGCGUCUGCUGCACCGCUUGACAAGCGUGAAGCACAGCCGGCCAUGAUCGAGUACAUUGAGCCCUGUGUCCCAAUCGGUGGCCCAGGGCACGUUACACCUCUUACAGACGGGGACUCGACGCUCUCUUCGCGGCAUACCUGUCCGCGACCCCUGCUGUCUCGCCACGAGAGUCCCAAAGACUCACGCAAGAUCUUAAACAACUCCAAUCAUGUCCUUCGCGACGAGCCAUCCGGCCUGUACACCGACAAUGCAUGGAUUGUCAGGGGCUCUUAUCGCGAGGGGGAGCAUGAUGAUAGCGAGGCUGGCGACGGUCCUGUCUUCGAUUCAGGCAUCGGCGACCACCUCGGACCUGCACCAGUAGUUCCCGACGAGGAGUCGGAAGCUAUCGAUUUUGGUGCCGACUUGCGGGUGAAGAGGCAUCUGUGCAAUGUCGAAGACUUGGAUUGUUAG